UAAAAUACAAAGAUACUUCCGAGUCCGACCCAGCCAUCACCUACCGAGGCUAACCUCCGCAGCCUCCGCUGCCACUUAAACGCUUAUAAAGCGACUCCUCGCAAUUUUUUAUUUUUAUUUUGCUUUUUUUAAAAAUUAUUUAAUAUCUACUUUUCCUCUGUUUCAACUCCAAGAGAGAUGGAACCUCGCAGCCUUGAACACCCGAGAUUCACGGAGAUGGAGCCGCACGUGACGGAGAAGGAGACGUCGACGUCAGCGCUGUGGGACUGGAGCGAUCUUCUGGACUUCACCGCAGACGAUCGCUUCGAUCUUCCUAUGGUCUCCGAUCAGACUGAGUUGAAUCCAGCAACGGAGCCUCAUACCGAGCCUUCGGUUGUUAAUUUGAAUAAGGUCAGGAAACGCGACCCGAGGUUGACUUGUUCUAAUUUUUUAGCGGGUUGGAUCCCCUGUGCGUGUCCGGAGGUUGACGAGCUGCUUGCGGAGGAGGAAGCGACUCUGCCUGGGAAGAAGCGUGCGCGGACGGUGCGGGCAGGGUCGGGCCAAGCCAGUUGUCAAGUGCCAGGUUGUGAGGUGGAUAUUAGUGAGCUUAAAGGUUAUCAUAAAAGGCAUAGGGUUUGUCUUCGGUGUGCAAAUGCCAGUGCCGUUUUCCUUGAUGGUGAAAGCAAGAGAUAUUGUCAACAGUGUGGCAAGUUUCAUGUAUUAUCAGAUUUUGAUGAAGGUAAAAGAAGUUGCAGGAGAAAAUUAGAGAGACACAACAAUAGAAGGCGAAGAAAAUCUAUUGAAUCUAAAAGUGGUGUGGACAGUGAACCUCCAGGAGCCAUGACACAGAGUGAAGAUUUUGGUUGUGAGAGUGAAUUAGGAAAAGAUAGUUUAUGCUUGAGCAGCCAGAUAACUGAUCAAGAACCAAAUUUUGAGUCUGAAGAUGGCCAUGUUUCUACUCUUCACUCAGCAACUAAUUCCCAGAAUGUCAACAGGGAUAGUGGUGUGUCUCUUGCUCCUACUAGUGAAAUCCAAAUUGAUGGAGGAAAAGAUGACUCCAAAGGGCAUUCACCUUCUUCUUGUGACAAUAAGAGUGCAUAUUCGUCCUUGUGUCCAACAGGGCGAAUCUCAUUCAAGCUAUAUGAUUGGAAUCCAGCAGAAUUUCCUAGAAGACUACGGCACCAAAUAUUCCAAUGGUUAGCCAGCAUGCCAAUUGAAUUGGAGGGGUAUAUUCGUCCUGGAUGUACAAUCUUGACUGUAUUUAUUGCCAUGCCAAAGAUUAUGUGGGUGAAGUUAUAUGAAGACCCUAUAACUUAUCUGCAUGACUUUGUUGUUACACCUGGAAGGAUGCUAUCUGGAAGAGGCUCUAUGUUUGUUCAUCUGAACAACUUGAUUUUCCAAGUUAAAGAUGGAACUUCUGUGAUGAAAGUCAAUGUAGAGGUGAAGGCCCCAAGGCUUCACUAUGUCCAUCCUACAUGUUUUGAGGCCGGCAAGCCCAUGGAGUUUGUUGCUUGUGGAAGUAAUUUACUUCAACCCAAAUUUCGGUUUUUGAUAUCUUUUGCUGGAAAGUAUCUGCCAUAUUAUUGUUGUGUUGCAUCUUCGCAUGGUCAAAGUGAGUGUAAUCCUCUUGCUUUUGACCACCAGUUGUACAAGAUAUAUGUACCGCACACUGAACCAGAUUGUUUUGGCCCUGCAUUCAUUGAGGUUGAGAAUGAGUCUGGCUUAUCAAACUUCAUACCUGUACUCAUUGGGGACAAAGAUAUAUGUUGUGAAAUGAAGAUGAUACAGGACAGAUUUGAAGCUUCUCACUUUCCUGAGAGAGCUCCAUCUGUAGCUAAAGGUUCUCAUUCUGAUUUGUGUGAGGUUUCUGCAUCGAGACAAACAGCUUUCACUGAACUUGUUUUAGACAUAGCAUGGUUAUUGAAGUUACCAGCAUCAGAAAGCUUUCAACAGUUUAUGUCCCCUUCACAAGUUCAGAGAUUUAAUUCUUUGUUUAACUUCCUAUUAAACUAUGAGUCAACUGCCAUCAUGGAGAAAAUAUUGCAAAAUUUGAAGAUUUUGAUGGAUAACACAGCGUUAAACAGAGGGGUCAAGGUCACAGUUGAAUCUGAUACAGAAUUAUUGCUUGGGUAUAUGGAUCAUGUGAGAGAUUUUCUAUAUAGAAGACUUAACAAAAUUGGAGACAUAAUACCUCAGUCUGGAUAUGUUGUAACGGAAAAGAGUCAUUGUUCCAAAAGCUGCUUCCCAAGCGAUGUGCUUGUUUCCAUUACCAAUCAGGAUCCAGAGACAACAUUGAAUAAUAGGGUCGGAGCAAUGGUGGCUUCAAAUGCUACUGAAGGAAGUGAAAUUGUUCCACUUUUGAGUAAUGAGGUUGUCAUGAAUGUGAGCUUUGUUAAAGAAUGGCAAAGAAAAUCAUGUAGCCACAUUUCCACUGGCGUCUUGAGUGCCCGUCCGAUUAUAUUUGUGAUUGCUGUUACUGCUGUUUGUUUUGCGACCUGUGUCGUCCUUCUCCACCCGCACAAGGUUGGUGAUAUUGCAGUAUCUAUACGCCGAUCUAUGUUUGGCAGUGUUUAGACUGAAAAAGAAGCCACUGACCUAAACAAGUAAGUCGCCUGUCUCUGUCAUUUGCACAUAUUUAAUGUACACUAUAUUGGAUCAAAAUCAAGCAUCCUGAACCUCAGUUAAAUUGCUAUUGUAUAUGCCAAUUCAUUUUGGUGAUAAUAGUUCUUCAGACCAAUUUCUUUGGGGUGCUUCAUUGUCUGUACUCAGAAUUAGGGUGUGAGAUAGCUAACUGUAUUUCUUGAGAUUAAUCAUGACAAAUACUGAUUUUUCCGGUGGCAGGAAGGUCUCUGUUGGUGAAUUUGACUCCCUGGCUUAUAAAUAUGUUGUAACAGUUGUAAUAGCUUGUGAUUUCAGGCAAUCUAAUGAAUGGGAUAGAGGAAUAUUCAUUUGUUCUUA